CAGCAGAGAGAGAACAGCAGACAGGAGAGAAGAUACUGGAGCUGUUAUCAUCAGUAGACAUGGAUGAAUAUCAGGGUCGUUUCCUACUGGAUCUGUACUCUCAGAUGAAGGACUGUGAAACUAAAACAGGCAGGAGAGUCCUUCCAGCAUUACAGUCAGUUUUCCAGUCACCUACAGUCUGGUUCAUAAACCUGUCAGAGAGAAAGGCCUCCAUCCUGCUGGAAGUGCUGAAACUCCAAUCAGAGAAGAAAGAAGUGAAGCUGACAGGCUGCUCAGAUGAAGAGAGUGAAGUGAGGAGUUUCCUACAGUGUGUGCCUUAUAUCUCACAGCUCAGUUUUCUUCCUCAUGACUCAGAUCCUGAUAAAGAAAUCAGGUUCUUGGUGAAUCUGUUCUGUGCAGCAGCAGAGAGAGAACAGCAGACAGGAGAGAAGAUACUGGAGCUGUUAUCAUCAGUGUGCAGUUAUCAAACAUUCCCUGUUAAAGAAAGAUACAUGAAUGAUGAUAAGAAGAAAUAUCAGUGUCGUUUCCUACUGGAUCUGUGCUCUCAGGUGAAGGACUAUGUAACUAAAACAGGCAGGAGAGUCCUUCCAGCAUUACAGUCAGUUGUCCAGUCACCUACAGUCUGGUUCAUAAACCUGUCAGAGAGAAAGGCCUCCAUCCUGCUGGAAGUGCUGAAACUCCAAUCAGAGAAGAAAGAAGUGAAGCUGACAGGCUGCUCAGAUGAAGAGAGUGAAGUGAGGAGUUUCCUACAGUGUGUGCCUUAUAUCUCACAGCUCAGUUUUCUUCCUCAUGACUCAGAUCCUGAUAAAGAAAUCAGGUUCUUGGUGAAUCUGUUCUGUGCAGCAGCAGAGAGAGAACAGCAGACAGGAGAGAAGAUACUGGAGCUGUUAUCAUCAGUGUGCAGUUAUCACACAUUCCCUGUUAAAGAAACAAAGAUUAAUGAUGAUAAGAAGAAUUAUCAGUGUUGUUUCCUGCUGGAUCUGUACUCUCAGAUGAAGGACUGUGUAACUAAAACAGACAGGAGAGUCCUUCCAGCAUUACAGUCAGUUUUCCAGUCACGUACAGUCUGGUUCAUAAACCUGUCAAAGAGAAAGGCCUCCAUCCUGCUGGAAGUGCUGAAACUCCAAUCAGAGAAGAAAGAAGUGAAGCUGACAGGCUGCUCAGAUGAAGAGAGUGAAGUGAGGAGUUUCCUACAGUGUGUGCCUUAUAUCUCACAGCUCAGUUUUCCGGCUCAUUCAGAUCCUGAUAAAGAAAUCAGGUUCUUGGUGAAUCUGGUCUGUGCAGCAGCAGAGAGAGAACAGCAGACAGGAGAGAAGAUACUGGAGCUGUUAUCAUCAGUGUGCAGUUAUCAAACAUUCCCUGUUAAAGAAGAAUACAUGGAUGAUGAUGAUAAUGAUUAUGAUGAUGAUAAGGAAUGUCAGUGUCAGUUCCUACUGGAUCUGUGCUCUCAGGUGAAGGACUAUGAAACUAAAACAGGCAGGAGAGUCCUUCCAGCAUUACAGUCAGUUUUCCAGUCACCUACAGUCUGGUUCAUAGACCUGUCAGAGAGAAAGGCCUCCAUCCUGCUGGAAGUGCUGAAACUCCAAUCAGAGAAGAAAGAAGUGAAGCUGACAGGCUGCUCAGAUGAAGAGAGUGAAGUGAGGAGUUUCCUACAGUGUGUGCCUUAUAUCUCACAGCUCAGCUGUGAUCCAGACUUCUUCCAGAAAGUGUGCUCUUCCAUCUUUGUGAGAUCCAGAGCAGAGACCCAUCAGCUGGUCUUUCUGCUGCAGCUCCUGGGGUUCAGCCUGCUGUUAUCAGGAGAGUUAAGCUUUAAAACCUGCAGGUCUGUAGGGAGAGUCCUCAGACGUUGUGGCUCUGAAGUGGAUCUCAUCCUCAAACCCAGAAAGAUGUCUGUCAGAGAAGCUUCCCUCAUCUUUAGGCAUACAACACAACUACACAGUCUGACACUGUCCAGCGACACGGCCUUGAGUCUGUUUCGAUGGAUAAGAAGAAGAAGAGUGGACUGUCUGUUGACUGUUGAUGAGCUUUCUAUUGUCCCUAAAUCAGCCCAACUACCAGAAGGAGUAUUGUUGAAGGUUGUCAGUAGUUUGGCGUCUCUGCUGAGACACUGGACAGUCAGACGAUUAGACCUGACUGAGCUCAGCAUCUCAGCUCUGGAUCUCAUUCCACUGCUGCUUCAUAAUGGACCUCUAAAAAUCAAACUGAGUGAAGAGAGUUUCCAUCAGCUACUGGCCCUCCUCCAUGAAGUUCAGGACCAGGACUUGACCCAGUCCUUCUUGAGUAAGGUUGGUGGAGACCUGACCUCCUGCAGUCUGAACUGGGAGGUUCUUCAGUAUCUGCUGCAGCAGGCGUCAGCUCAGACCAUCACUGUGAACCUGAGGAAGAACUGCUUCUUACAGGAGAGCAUCACACGUCUGCUUCCCUUUCUGGACAGGAUUGUAUUCAAAAGGCCCAGUCCCAGCUUUGUGUUGACCACCAUCAGAGAGAUCUAUAAAGCUCAAACCCGGCACAUUAUACCCAGUUUAUUGAGCUCACUGGAUCAUGUGAUCAGUCUGACCUGCAGAGAGCUGGACUCAGUGGACUGUGCUGCUCUGAUCUUCAUCCUUCAACACAGUGACAGAGUUAAAGUAAACCUGCAGUGGACCUCCAUACCAACAGAGGAAAUAGAGUCCAUCCUCUUUACACUGGACAAAGUCUCUCAACUCAGUGUUGACAGGAAUCUGUUGCUGAGGUUGAUCCACUGCUGUGCUGAUGCCCAGCAGGGGGCAGCAUCAGACCUGCUCAGGACUCUGCAGCACCGGCUGGAUCUGUCCUGCUCCUCCUGUGUGGAGCUGUCAGAGGAGGAUCAGACUGAGCGUCUGAGUCUGACCUUUGCUGACUGCAGGGCCGUCUCCAUCAUCCUGAGACACUGCAGCCUCGACACACAGCUGGACCUGAGAGACUGUGAGGUGGAAGACAGCAGUCUGGACCUGCUGCUUCCUGUCCCAGACAGAGUCCGUCUCCGAGCCAGUAAAGCUGUCCUCCUCCAGCUGGUGUCCCUGGUUCCUGGGAGCAGUGAGAGGGACGCAGUGAGACGGGGAGUGUCCCUGUGUAGAGCCCUGGGUGGAGAGCUGGACCUCAGUCACACCACACUGGAUCAGAGUGUCUGUGCAGCUUUGGCCCAGAUGCUGGACUUCUCUGAUUGGCUGACAGAGCUGGACCUCAGUCACUGUCAGCUCACUGACCAGCUGCUGCUCACACUCAUCACACAUCUGCACAAAGUACAAGUCCUGGAUCUGAGCCACAAUAAGAUCACGGAUGCUGCCACACACAGGUUACUCCAGCUGGUCUCCAUCAACCCUUCCAUUGAGACUGUGCGACUCUUCAACAACAACAUUUGGUACAGAACUCCCUUUAAGGAAGACAAGCGCUUUGAAAUAUGGUGAACAGUCAUCAGGUUGGUGGUAACGAGUUGAUCUGGGAUUAAUUGACCUCUUGGAUGAAAACCUGUAAGAUACUGAUACAGUGUGGUAAUCAUGUAUUAUCAGCUGACAUUAGGAAUCUGACUAAAUUCCUAUCUUACAAAUACUGUCUUAAGUAGUUUACAAUAUAGUGACAUUAGGGUUGUCAUGACAAUUUCUGCCAGAAACUGUUUUUUAGAUGUAGCUAUUUAAUGUAAUGAUAAAGUAGACCGUUUAUAUGGAGGCCAGGAGCAGGUACUGUACUGUACUGUACUGAGGUACUGUAGAUUAUUCUUUAUGGAGCUGAUAUUUAUGACAUCAUGUCAUCUUCAUGUUUACAUAUCAGAUUGUUGUGUUGAGACCAUUUAUUUUUGUAUUGUGGCAAAACAAACGGAGGCCAUAACCUAUUUAUCUUUGUGUAUUUUGUGAUAACUUGAUGAAUGAUUCUGAUGAAAUCUUGAAGUGUUGAUGUUAUAAAGGUGUGAUCAGGAGAUACAUCAAGAUAACAGUAAAUUAUUUCAAUAAUGUGAUCUUAAAAGUGUAAAUAUUAUUUUUAGUUGGUAUUUUAAAUGAUAUAUUGCGAAAGAUAAUACUUAUUUUCUCUCUCUUUUUUAUUUUAUUUUAGCUUUUCGUCAUUAAAAUACUCGAUUCAGUGUAAAUUUCAGAAGCAGACACAGUGACUUUGAUUGUAUAAAAAUAGCUGAA